AUGUAUAGCCGCGACAACAAGAUCAUGCGGAAGCUCCUCGGAAAGGCCUCUGCCGACAACUCUACCGACACGACGAGCCCCGGUAUUGGCAUCACGAGUGCGCCGCAUCUGCCGUCUUCGUUCCGCCCCAACUUUUCUCAGUACGCCGUCUACGAUGCGACCUACCCCAUCUACAGCAUCGAUGCCCCGGCCGAUCGUCGCUCCGUUGUCCUGGCCAGUCGCCAUGUCCUCAAGACUGUGGUCUUUGAUGGCCUCAAUAUCGUCGAUGGCGUUGACGUUCGAGCUGCCAUCGUCUCGGCGUCCAAUCCAAACAAGGGCGCAUCGUCAGCGACGGCCGAUCAGCUCUCCGUGAAGGAGGUGAAAUGGCAUAAGGACUCGACCAUCUUCACUGCCUGUACCAAUGGCAAGAUCUUCUCCUACGAUCUCGCAAGGAUAGCCGCCGGCGGUUCCCUCAUGGACUGCGUCCAGAUGAGGGAGGACUCGCGCCAGGUCAAUACCCUCGACAUCAACCCCCAUCGCCGGAGCUUGCUGCUGUCGGGCAGCCAAGACGGUUUCGUGCGCUACUUCGAUAUCCGCGCGCCCGUGCAAAGCCGCGCUGGCGGCAUGACGUACCAGGCCAAGGCAGCCUUUAAAUGCAAUGCCGAUGGCGUUCGCCAGGUCCGUUGGUCGCCGAAAGAGGGCAUGUAUCUGGCAUGUGGCACCGACGGUGGCGUGGUCUUGAAGUGGGAUUUGCGAAAGCCGACCACGCCGCUGCUGCGCAUCACGGCACACGAAAAAGCCUGCACGUCCAUCUCGUGGCAUCCUGAUGGGAACCAUCUGGUCAGUGGCGGCAUGGAUCAGAAGUGCGCCGUCUGGGACUUCUCCAAGGACGCUGACAAGCGCCAAAAGCCGAAGUGGUCGAUCCAAACGCCCGCCCCUGUAUCUGUCGUCAGCUGGAGGCCGGGGCUGUGGUCUGCCAGUGCGCAGGGCAAGCGUGCCGCCCAGAUUGCCGUGUCUUACGACGAUGCCAGUCUCAAGCGUUUCGGAGUUCGCGCGGCCCAUAUCUGGGAUCUGGCGAGGCCUACCAUCCCGUUCAAGGAGCUCAACUGGUUCAAUUCGCCGCCAUCAAGCCUCAUGUGGCUUGACCAAGAUCUUCUCUGGGCUGCUGGUGAAGAUGGCAAGUUUCACCAGUGCGACGUUGCCUUCGCCCUGAAGACCAUGGAUCGAAUGACGUCCUCCAGCAUGGCCUUUUCUUCAUGUGGGGACGUGGCCAUGUUUCUCGAUGAAAGACCGCAUCAGCGGCCGAGACCGACUGUGGUGCACCGCAAGGAGGGUAAUGUGACACCUCGUUCCGUCUACGGGUCCAGUCCUACAACACCCCAACUCAGCAUCAGUCGCAGCGAUUCCGAAGAUGACGCUGUUGGCAGCUUUCUCGGGCCACGGCGGAAGCUGAGCCGGAAGAGGAGGCCUAGUGUACGCUCCAUACCCGCGCUCAGCACAACGCCGCCGUCUGGUUCCGCAGACGGGGAGCCUGUACUAUCUUUAGAGCAUGCCAUGAGAGUUACUGGGGUGUACAAGACACAGCAGGCCAUGGCGGUUGGUCGCGUCCCUGCUGCUGCCAAGGUCAACCACUAUCAGUACCUUUCCCAGUGCUAUCUCGAGACACUGGACCGCGAAUUACCGCAAAGAGAAGGCGGGAAAGCACUUGUGGACCGUGUUGCAACUAUACUGAAUGAGUUUGCCUACGCUGCGGAAGGUGUUGGCCAAUUUCGACUGGCACAAACGUGGCGCAUAUUGGGGUACGCCAUGGACCUCCUCCUCAGACGAAGAGCCCAGUACCAUCUCGAGAGGCGAUUGGGUCAUUUCCAGAAACGACCUUCAGUAACCAAGUCAAAAGACGGAGCCGUCAAAACCGCCGAUCUCAAGAGUUUCCAGGGCCUGAGCCAGGACAGCAUGAAAGCGCCAAACCCGCUUCGCCGCGCCAGUGCGGUGUCCGUCCAACUGGAAAGCCGCUCCCUCUCUGUCAGAUCCCUUCUUUCGGAAGAGAUCGAAAGCACCUCCAACGUACCGACUCCGCUCGCAAGGCCGGUGCAUGAAGACGAUCCCAAUACAGAUCACGGCAGCCUCAGGCCCGGCAAGAAGUUGACACCCGUCUUUGAACUAGACAGUUUCGCCUUACCCCCAGCGGUCCACAGUACGUUCAACUACAGUCCGCGCAAACGACUGGACUCAGCUCCUUUGUCACUUUUGAGCCACGAAAGCGACCAGACAGAGGCCUCGCAUACUGAGGGGUACGACUUUUAUGAUACUGACGCACUCUCCCUUGCCGUAGAUGUCCCAGAGCCAGAGAAGAAGGAUGAAGCGCACUCACCCGGUGGUGGAUCUCGUUCGAAGAGACCUCCCAAAGUGAUGAGGCACGACUCGGAUGACAGCUUCUUGCAAAUGUUCUCCAUUUCGGAUGGGAGUCGAAAGUCCGCCAACCUUUCCCUGCCAAAAGCAGGCGCCGCAAGUGAGCUUAAAAAGUCCGAGUUUGAACCCGUGCAAGAGCACGACGAUGAGCAUGGCGAAUACGAGAGCCGCAUCCGAGGGAAAGAGAUUGAAGAGUCUCCCGAGCUCCACAACCUGUCCUCCAUGCAGAUGAGGCGAGGCUUGCUGCCGAUGAGUAACUCCCCCGAAGAGGUGUUCAUGAUUUCACAGACAACCAUUGGCGACGAUGAAGAUCCCUCAGCCUCAGAAGUCUCGGCGCGUCGGUCACAGUCAAUCGUAUCGGAUGCGCCUACCUUUGACGAUGACGCCCCUCUUCAUGUUGGUGUCGUCUCGGCGAGCCCACCCCAGGCGCCAACCGAAUCGCAGAUGCUAGACGUAUCUCCAGUCAUCAUCGAAAGCGACUACCUCCCCUGGUCUGAUGAUCCCCCUUACCCACAGAAGUUGGCGACCGAACUCAACAACAAAGGCUACACCAUUCCAACCCCGCCCCUCGACCCGUAUGGUCUCAUCACGAGCACUCUCGAUUUUGAACUCCGCACAUCCAAUCUUAACGCUGCGGCAAUGAUUCUACUUCUCAGGCCGCUGGUUCCGGAGGCACUCAUCGACGCCCACCGCGCAGCCUCAAUCCUGCGCGCAUACCACGCUCGACUCGCGUCUAUGCGCCACUUUGUCGAGGCCGCGCUUUUGCGAAACCUCUGUGUCAAGGGCUGGCCCGAGAGCCUGCCUGAAUGGGGCGAAUCUUAUACCGCAAUUUUCGGCCCCGCCCAACAAGGCGUCAAGGCGGGCUUCCUGUGCCCUUCGUGCCGCAAGCCGCGUGAGAUAGACCCCCGCCAGGGCUCUGGUGCCAUCUGGCAGUGUGAGCGAUGCAGGACUCACAUGGCUCCUUGCGCGGUGUGCGGCCAUCGCGAGGCCAGUCCCGUCGUUCUCCCGCUGACAGAGGGCAUGGACGCCAAGCAGCGUGCCCAAGUUGCCGAGGAGGAGAUCAUGGGUCUGUGGUGGUACUGUCCGGGCUGUGCGCACGGCGGCCACGCAACGUGCCUUCAGGGCUGGCAUGCUCCGGAUGGCUUCCACGGCGACGCGCCCCCUGCCGAUGGCAGCGACGGCUGCUGCCCGCUCGAUGGGUGCGGCCACGCCUGUCUGCCCGGUAAGUGGCGCGAUGAGAGGGCGACGCAGCGCGCGGAGGAAGUCGGCCGUGCGGCGCUCGACAAGGCGCGUGCGCAGGCGCAGGUGCAGCGCAAGACGAGCCUGAGCGGCGGGCGAGGCAGAGGUCCUCCGUCACCGGGAGUGGCCAUUCGAGGAGACGGUGUCGAGGUCCCGCAGAGUCGGGCCGUUGAGAGCGUGCGCGAGGCGCUGGCGAGCGGAGGCGGUGCUGCCAUGAGCUCGGGUCCUGGGGCCAGCAUCCUCAGCUCCAGUCCUGGCCGAGCAGGGGAGCGAGAUCGCGAGAGAAGAAAGAGCGUCAAGUUUGUGCCGACGGACCGCUAG